GUGAAGCCAAUAGGGGGCGGGCUGAAAAGGCUCUUCGGGAGGACCAAUCGGGAGGCGCGACAGGGAAGUGGGCGUGGUCAGGGAGCCACUGGCGGGCGGCUGUCACCGGUUGCGAGGCGCAAAAUGACCACUGCUAACAAAACACCUCCUGGUGCAGAUCCAAAGCAACUGGAAAGGACUGGAACUGUUCGAGAAAUAGGAUCGCAAGCAGUGUGGUCACUUUCAUCUUGUAAACCAGGCUUUGGUGUGGACCAGUUACGAGACGACAAUCUAGAAACCUACUGGCAGUCUGAUGGAUCACAGCCUCAUUUGGUGAACAUUCAAUUCAGAAGAAAAACAACUGUGAAGACCCUAUGUAUUUAUGCAGAUUAUAAAUCAGAUGAAAGCUACACUCCAAGCAAGAUUUCUGUCAGAGUAGGAAAUAACUUUCACAACUUACAAGAAAUUCGGGUCUUUGGCUCUGCUAAUUUCAAGGAAAUGAACCAUGAGAAUUAUUGAAAGAAAAGAGCUGAUAAAGUCUGGGGAUGUCAUUAAUUGCCUUAAUGCAGACUUUUAGCAUGAUGACUUAACAACCUCUUAGGAACAUGGGAUAAUAAUGACUUUUUAAUAGACAGUGGCUGUCAGUACUCCAGAAAACCUUCAGUAGAAUCCAUGUUAAUUUUUGUAACUUUUCUUAUAUCCAGACAUGUUGAAAAUGCAACCUGCAUUUUCUUUAUAAUUGGUUUAUAGACCAACUAGCUCUACCAACAAUUAUGAGCUGAAUAGAUGUAUACAAUUGCUUUACCGUGAUCCCAUUAAAAUCCAGGUUAUGCUCUGAAGAAGACUGCUUCUAAUAGUGUUACUCUGUCCAAAGUAAACAAUGCCUCUUUACCAACAAACUUGUGAGGAACCGAUUGUUGGCACUCAAUUGCAAAGUUGCUUUUCAAGAGUUUGUGAUCAAGUAAUAAAAGCUGAGAAUGCUGA